AUGCCGUGGGCGACAAAUCCUCUCUUCAAACCGACGGCGGAGCCCCCAGUUGAUGUCGAAGCUGCCGCUGCUAACUCCGGUCCUGAUCCUGACACUGCCCAUACUGAUCCCGAUCUAAGUUCGCAACAGGAUGCCGUGGAAAGUAUAGAUGAUGGAUUCAAAGAGCCGACGGAAAAGUUCACUGCUCAUCAGAUCUUCUACAUUUUCAUUCUUGAUGGGCUAGGUGCCAUGAUUCUCUCCGGUGGUAUCAACUUUGCAAUUGCAUAUGCCAUGUAUGCAACUCAGGAUAUCAUAACUAGACCUAUUCGGUUGUUCUUAUUUCCGAAUACCCUUGCUGGAGAUGCGGCAGUCACCAUCAUUGUUCAGUGUCUCAUUACGUGGCACAUAGAACUCUUCCUCGUAAACCGGGACCUAAGAAAAGGUGGUGUGCAUCCGAUCGGGUUUAUCCCUGAACCUAAGAGCUGGUUCGUGCGGUGGUUCAUGUUCUUAGACCGUCCCAAAGAGACGCACGAAGUUAGGAGUAUUGUGCAUUGGUUGAGUUUCUUCCGUUCUCAGAUCCUGCGGGCUCUGCUGGUUGCUGUAGCCUUCUUCCCUGUAAUAUGGGGGCCUACCAUUGGCUUUCUCGUUCUGGCGGGUAAAUGGGAGGGCAAUGACUGGUACUACGACAAGGUAUGGGCACCGCAGGUCUUUAAGCUCAUUCAAGGAGGCGUGUUGGGACUGCUAACCACGCCGCCCAUGGUGAUGUUCUGGCUUACGAGGUGUGGAUGGGCAUUGAAGAAUAAUGAAGAACGUUAUGGUGAACGGUGA